AUGGCAAUUGAUGUUCCAGACGAGUGGAUGAAACAGUGCUUUGAAGUUAACGUCUAUGGUCCAAUAAGCUUGACCCGUGAGUUGGCUCCCUUGCUCAUCAAAGCGAAGGGAACUGUAGCAUUUACCGGCUCAGUGGCAGGUUCAAUGCCAAUGUUAAAAGGAUCUAUCUACUCUGCAACUAAGGCUGCAAUUCGCGCAUACGCUGGCAUUCUCAAAGUUGAAUUGAAACCUCUUGGUGUGAAGGUUGUGCACUUUGUCACGGGAGCAGUGGACACUCCCAUUGCGGACAAUAGGUCCUCAUUGCAAGGAUCAUUCUAUAACGUUCCAGAAAUGGUGAAAUCUGAAGAAGAGAGACAAAAUACCUUCACCAAAAUGCCUGUCGAUGUAUAUGCAAAGAAGACAGUAGAUGACGUUGAAAGUCAGACCUUAGGUGGAAGUCCUGACAGAUAUCGUGGUAAGUCAGCUUCAUGGGCUAGGCUUUUACUAGCAGUGCUUCCUUGGAGCAUUAUUGAAUAUGUGAUGAUCACCAACCUCAAAUUGAAUGCUGCGUUUAAAGCCGUUGAAAAGAAGUACAAGGCGUUGAAGUAUGAUUGA